CUAAAACGGAGCUUCUCGCGGACGAGAAAGAAAGUAGUUUAGAAAAUCACCCUGGGUUUAAUAUUCGCCCGAGAUGACCGAGGUGGGUUUGUGUCACAGCUCGACUCGUUCUCUGUGUUGCCCUGUAGUCGCUUUCUAGCCGGAGAGAUGAUUAAUGACGUUAGCUUAGCAUAGACUCAGCGCAGCCUCGCCGAGCGAACGGCUAACGGUCUCUGGCGGAGUUGACGGUCAAGUGUAAACAGAGAAACUGAGCAUCUUGUGCAUAAGGUGGAAAUAAGCUGCAAUCCGUUAUGAGAUGCUCUGGUUUUCCCCGCCAGCGCUGCACUGAGUAGUCCAGCUUUGUGAAUGGGAAGAGCUGAUAAUGUCAAAGCUUUCUCUAGGAGGAAAAGCGUCCUCUAGUAAACUAAGCAGCUGGGUACAACCAUCCUUUGGCAGUCUUUUGGGAGGCUCUGGAGUGAACAGCUUUCCUUUGACAAAAGGCACCCUUGCAGGAGAACGCAAAUCCAAAGUUCAGCCUUCUUCUGUGGAUGUCGGUGGGAAGAGGCCCAGAAAGAGGAAAGUAGAAUCUCAAGCCUCCCAGUCUCAGUUCUUUUCAAGGAAACAAGGUUCACAAGAGGAUCAAGAUGAACCCUGGGUGGAUGUGUACGCCCCUCAAUCACAGGCUGAGCUGGCAGUGCACAAGAAGAAAGUUGAAGAAGUCGAGAGUUGGUUGAGGGUUCAUUUGGACUUGAAGAUUGCAAACAAGGGUGGUGCUAUUCUGUUACUGACCGGCCCGUCUGGCAGUGGAAAGACAGCCACAGUUCACGUCUUGGCUAAAGAUGUGGAUUUCCAGAUCCAGGAGUGGUCCAACCCCACCACCUCUGAGUACAGGAUGGAUGACUCUUUCAGGCAGAGCUUUGACCCAGACUCCAGGUUUAACAGCUUCCAUGGGAGCUCACAGACGGGAGCCUUCCAGGAGUUCUUGCUCAGAGCUAACAAGUACAACCGCCUUCAGAUGAGUGGAGACAGCCAGGCGCAAAGCAGGAGGAUCAUUCUUGUAGAGGAUUUUCCAAAUCAGUUCUAUAGGCAACCAGGAAGCUUGCAUGACAUUCUCAGGCGUUUUGUGAAGACAGGCAAAUGUCCAGUAAUCUUCAUCGUGUCUGAUAGUCUGAGUGGAGACACUAGUUCCAGACUCCUCUUUCCCAAGGAGAUACAGCAGGAGCUGGGCAUCCACCACAUCAGCUUUAACCCAGUAGCCCCUACCAGCAUGCUGAAGGUGCUGAGUCGUAUUGCAGCCGUUGAAGCGAGCAAGAGUGCAGGAAAGAUCUCCGUGCCUGAUAAAGCAGCGCUGGACCAGCUGUGUUCCGGAAGCUCAGGAGACAUUCGCAGUGCCAUCAACAGCCUGCAGUUCUCUUCUUUUACUGACUUCUCCCUGGAAAAAGGCCUCUGGGCUUCUAAAAAGGGCAAAUCAGCUGCAUCGAGCUUCAAAGCUCCAGUCAGGGCCAAAGGGAGGAGUCGGUCUGUUAAAUCUACAGAUGUGUUGGAUGACAGUCCUGCUAUUGGGGGAAAAGAUGCCUCCCUCUUUCUCUUCAGAGCCUUGGGGAAGAUCCUCUACUGCAAACGUGAAAGCUAUGAAGUUUCUGAAGUCCCCAAGCUUCCGGCACACCUUGCAGAGCAUCAGAGAGACAGACUGCUUGUUGAUCCAGAGCUUGUUAUAGAGCGGUCCCACAUGUCGGGUGAGUUUUUUAACCUCUACCUGCACCAGAACUACCUGGACUUCUACUUGAACGUGGACGAUGUUGCCAGGGCCUCUGAGUACCUCUCAGACGCUGACUUCCUGACGGCUGAGUGGACUUCCAGAUCCACCAUGUUGGAGUACGGAUCUUCAGUGGCCACUAGGGGGCUCAUCCACUCCAACUCCUCGCGUGCACAAGCUGCAUGCCAGUCAUCCGUGGGCUUCAAGCCUCUUCACAAACCCCACUGGCUCCAGAUUAACAGGACGUACCGUGAGAACUAUCUUUCAGCUCAGUCCCUUUUUAUUAACUUCUGCCUGGCACCCAUCAGCCUUGUGACGGAGCUGGUGCCCUACCUUGCCAAGCUCAGCAACCCUAUGCGGAAUCAAGCUCAGAUAGCCUUCAUCCACGAUGUUGGCCAUCUCUCUCUCAAGAGAUUUCCUGGCAGAUUAAAACUCGAGGCACUUGGCGACAAAGACCCCGGUGGGCUAGAUUUUGACAGCGAAAACGAAGAAGGUACCAAAACCGUUGAGCCUGGAACCAGCUCUUUGUCUGGGGAUACCACAGCAGAACCUGUCCUGCAAAGCAGCCAGGACCCAGGAGGAGAUCUCCCCGCCAGCCAGCCACAGCCGACCACCACAGAAGCCUUACUGGACGAUGAGGACCUUCUCAUCGAGGAGUAUGACAGUGACUGACCAAUCACCUGCUGCAAUUUCCCAGACUCGUUCCACCGUCGCUGCCUUGAGAAGACAUGGUUCCGCUGUCUUCCGUGUUUCUAAAUCACCGCGUUUCGGUCGUGUCGUUUUUAUAAUGUGAAUUAUUAGGAAAUUUGUACUAUUUAUUUGUUCACACAAAUGUAAGAUUGUCCUUGUGUGUCGUGUUUGUCCUGCACCGGUUGGUGUCCCUCCUGAGCUUUGAGCUAAAGAUUUAAGUUAACGUUAUGCAGUUUCUGUAAAAAAGCCAAAGUGCUUGCAUACAGCUUUUCACUGUCCACUGUAGUAUAAUUCUGACCUACUGCUUUUUUUUGCUGUUUUGUUUUGGGAUGGGCCAGCCUUUUAGCAGGAGAGGUCACUACAAUAAACAGUUAGGUUUUGCA